ACCGUCCCGUAUACUUUCUUUCGACCUUGGUUUAUAUCGCUAUCCUUAUUUUUACCAUCGCUCACAGCAUUCCGAGCGGUGCACAUCCAUACCCUCAACGUCGCAAGGAAUCAAGGAAGCACAGGGAGAAAAAAAAAAACUCUUACUUCGCAGACCGCUCCCAUCAUGGAUUCCGGUCAACAGGGCUCGAAUAGCUCGAGCGACUUUGUUCGCAAAUUGUACAAAAUGCUCGAAACCCCGAGUGACGAAAGCGUUGUACGGUGGGGCAACGACGGCGAUAGUUUUGUAGUCCUCGAGAACGAAAAAUUCACGAAACACAUUUUGCCAAAGCACUUCAAGCACAGCAACUUUGCCAGUUUUGUUCGACAGCUCAACAAGUAUGAUUUUCACAAAGUGCGCCAUAACAACGAGGAAAACGGCCAGUCGCCGUAUGGUCCUGGUGCCUGGGAAUUCAAACACCCGGAUUUCAAGAUGAAUAACAAGGAUGCGUUGGACAAUAUUCGCCGCAAAGCCCCUGCUCCGCGCAAGACAAACACCACCGCGGAGGAGAUGAUCAUACCCGCGCAACAAAUGGACAUGAUGAGCAACCAGUUGGUCGCAACUCAGGCCCAACUACAUGCCCUUGAAAGCCGCUACAAUGAACUUAGUAUUCAUCAUAGUAUGUUGCUGCAAGAGGUCAUUGGCUUACAGAAGACGGUUGUGAAUCACGAACACGUCAUGCAGAAUGUCAUGACCUUUUUGCACAACAUAGAUGCUCAGCGGCGACGAGACAGUAGGAUGGGAAAUCCUUUCUCACAAAACGGGGUCCAGGCUCAGAAUGGUGCCGUGGAGAUCCAGAGCCAAGCCCAAGAGGAUGACAUCCCUGCCUCACCGCUUCAGCACGCUGCAAAACUGCUGAGCGAAACCAAUGCAGAUGUAAUGCUGAACCCACGCAAUCUGGAGCACAUGAACGAAAUGUCAAUACGUAUGAACGGAACUCUGACAACCCCCCCUCCGGAUUUUAUUCGCAGCGCCCGACCGGCAAGCCGUGGACCCCCUUCUGCAGGAAGCUCCGUCAACUCUAUGCGGAUUGGUGAUCUUGACAACCUCGUAUACCCUGUGGGUCAGACAAACGGAAUAGACCCAACAUUUAGCGAACAUAUCAACAAUAUUCCUUACUCGAUGCCACCCAAACCAGCCGAACCCGCGGAUACACGAUUUCAAGAGCCCCGUAAAAAAAGUGCACAGGUUGAUCCUGGAUGGGUACGGCAACCACAGAUUCUACUCGUUGAGGACGACCCUACUUGCCGUAGAAUCGGCAGCAAAUUUCUGCAUGCGUUCCAUUGCACUAUUGACAGCGCACUGGAUGGCCUCGAAGCUGUGAACAGAAUGCAGACAGGCAAAAAAUACGAUCUGAUCCUCAUGGAUAUUAUCAUGCCAAACCUAGACGGUGUAUCCACCACCCAUUUGAUCCGCCAAUUUGACUCCACCCCCAUUAUCGCCAUGACCUCGAACAUAAGAAGCGAUGAUAUCUCCAUGUACUUUCAACACGGAAUGAACGAUGUUUUGCCUAAGCCGUUUACAAAGGAAGGUCUAUUACAGAUGCUCGAAAAGCAUCUCGCGCAUCUCAAAAAGACUUCGACGCAUUUGCAGCCGGAUGGCUUGGUUGCUCCUCAACCAUUGGCUACUGCAAGACAAAUAUUGAAGGAAGAAGACUCACCUGCCAAAUCGCCUGCUACCACGUGGGGGAACUCACCGAAUCAGAUUACUGGCGUCUCCCCAGUAGCAAACAAUGUCACGGACGAAUACAUGCAUGCGGUGCAUGCAAACGCCGCAAAUUAUGCACCACCAGGGCAAAUGCCAGGAAAUAUGUAUAAUGCAUCGCCUCAAAUGGCAAUGCAAUCGGCUCAAGCUCGACAGCAUGCAGGCCAUCGACGACAAAUCUCAGAUAUCUCGGGGGGAGAUGAUAUGAACAAUCCAGCAAAGCGACAACAGGCUAUGUAUGGAAACGGCGUAAUGCCACCACAACCCAUGAACCCUAUGCAACGGCCUCGUUGA